ACCUCUAAUAUCGAUAAUAAGAAACGAGUUUGUCCUAAAUGCAAAAAUAAAUUACUAACGUUUGCUGAGAUAGUCGACGAACAAUCUAAGAUCGUAAAUGCCACUGAAAAAUCAUCCAUUUCUCCUUACGUAUUUAAACAACGAUCAAUUCUGAAAAGAUACUCCGAAAGUGAAGCCAAUGGGUCUCGUACACGUUCCAGUUUUACUGCUGAAUCACGUCGAUUCCGGGUUCAGAUAAGAAAAGCUCAAUUUGUAAAUCCAAAUGCUGAUAAUCGUAUUUUUCAAAAUCUAGGUGGAGAAUUGACAUUAAGCGAACAAAUGAUAAGAUUUAGUGAAAUCACGAGUAUGAAAAGAAAUGAAUUUAUUAAAGCAACAUUAAUUAAAAAAACACCUUUAGGCAUUUGGCGUCCAAUUCCCAUAACAUGUGAUGAGGCAGAACUUCAAAAAAGCGAAGGCUCUUUAAAAAAAUCAGAAAUUUUAUCUAUUAUUACCUCUUUAAUUCCUUCUUUAGGUGAUUCAGAUUGA